UUGCUCUUCAGGAAUCCAACCUACUGGGCCCGCGAUCGCCGAGAGGACGACUUUGAGCUCAUCUGCCCGGACGGCCGACGCACUGACGUCAACAAGUGGAAGACCUGUAAUCUCGGCAGUGUGCCUAGCAACGUGGUUGUUACUGCUUCUUUCAAGUCCGAAAAUGAGCGAAUGAAUAUGUGGCGCCUGCUGCAAUAUGGACAAGAGUUCUACGCUUCAGACAGCUUGAUUUUUGUUGUGACGAUGAUACCUUGCUCUGAUGAUGUUCGUCACAUGACGGACGAAAGCUUAGCAACUUUUCACCGGAAUCAAAGGAAAUUGCCCCAGAAACAGAGUCAGCAUGAAUGUAUCAGUAAAGUCAAUCGACAACUGGUCCAAAGGAAUCCGUCGUCGUCUUUUGGUGGAGCCGACCUUCGAAUCUCUUCACCCAACACUUUCACUCGAAACGGAAGUAAGCUCACCAAUUAUGAGACAAGAUAUUCCUCUUUUCUUUGCAUAAAAGGACGCAAUUCAUUCUCGUCGUUGGCACAGCAAUCGGAUUUCCAAAACAGGCUACUUAUCAGUCCUCCCAUUUUGGCCCCCUGA